GUUCAGUACCCUGGCUGCGCCCCGCACAGACGGUGCAGGCCAUAACCCGUGGAGGCAGCAGAGGUGGGGUCGCACAGCGACACCCACAACGCGGCGCCUCGAGUGCCAGAUCCAGGGGUGGAAGAGGUGGUGCCCCUAGGGCUCGUGGCAUUCGAGGUCGAGGAGCUGGUGCCGCUACCAGAGGAAGGCCUGCACAACUGCCCUCCCUGGCAAGCGAGCACAGCAGUAGAAAGGCUGCUCGUAAUCCUUUCAAUUCCUUCCCCAACCUCCCACCCCCUAAACCUUAAGAACCCUCUUUUUCAUCUUCCUGACCCAUCCCUCCCUUUCUGACCCUUCACCCCUCCUAGUCCUAUUAUACAUAUAUACAUAUAUAUAUACAUAUAUAUUUAUUAAUAUUCCCAAAUAUAAUAUGUUCAAAGUCAUUCAAGUAAACCUUCACCACUCGAAGGCGGCUACCGCCGCCCUAAACCAGCACCUACAUCAGGUGGGUAUGGACAUGGCUUUGAUCCAAGAACCGUGGAUCAACAAGAACGCGGUCAUGGGGCUCAAUACCUCAGAUGAUUUAGUAGCUGCCUAUGUCGCCCUCCCAAGACUGAAUGGGGCCAGGCUGGUUGUCUGCUCGGCUUACCUACCAGGAGAGGCGCCAAACCCAUCGAUGCAGCUGGCUGCCCUCGUUGAGUAUUGUGAAGACCAGAAAGUACCACUCCUCAUUGGGUGUGACAGUAAUGCGCACCAUACUGGGUGGGGGAGUACCAAUACCAAUCAACGAGGUGAGGAACUAUUCUCAUUUAUUAUGUCCAAUAAUCUUGAAAUAAUUAAUUCGGGCUGUGUCCCUACUUUUGUAACAAGGGCCCGUCAAGAGGUACUGGACAUCACUCUUUGUUCAGAAAGGUUCGCCAACCACAUAAAAGGAUGGCAUGUAUCGGAUGACGCAUCACUUUCUGACCACAGGUAUGUAAGGUUUGAUAUCACUUUAACCUUAGAGAAAACAGCAGAAGCGUACCGCGACCCGAAGACAACAGACUGGGAAGGCUACAGAGCCUCCUUAAUGAUGAAUCCAAGAAAUUUUGGUACAACUCAGUUGGCCUAA